GGGAACUUUUCACGGGGGAACAUCGUAGUAAAAAUUUCUUGCCAAAGUGAGAGAAAAGGACGUAAACAUUCGAUUGGCAUUCAACCCAAGACGCCAAAAUGCCGCGCAUUGACACAGAUAUCAAGUUGGACUUCAAAGAUGUGCUGGUUCGUCCAAAAAGGAGCACACUGAAAAGUCGAUCAGAAGUUGAUCUAAUGAGGUCCUUCAUAUUCCGUAAUUCUACAAAGACCUACAAUGGCCUCCCAGUCAUGGCUGCCAAUAUGGACACAGUGGGAACUUUUGAGAUGGCCAAAGCCCUAGCCUCGCAUAGCCUAUUCACCUGUAUACACAAACACUACUCUGUUGACGAAUGGAAGGCGUUUGCAGCGGAGAACCCAUCUACCUUGAAGAACCUUGCUGUGAGCGCAGGAACCAGCCAAACAGAUGUGGUUAAACUCGCUCAGAUAGUCAAAGCCGUGCCUGCCAUUGAUUACAUCUGUCUGGACGUUGCCAACGGUUACUCAGAACUCUUUGUUCAGCAUGUGAAAACUGUGAGAGAAAUGUUCCCAGAGCACACUAUCAUGGCCGGCAAUGUUGUAACUGGUGAGAUGGUGGAAGAGCUCAUCCUAGCUGGUGCUGACAUCAUCAAAGUAGGCAUUGGACCAGGUUCCGUUUGUACAACAAGAAAGAAGGCUGGAGUAGGCUACCCUCAGCUUAGCGCUGUCUUAGAGUGUGCCGAUGCUGCCCAUGGAUUAGGAGGACACAUCAUCUCAGAUGGUGGUUGUACCUGCCCAGGAGAUGUUGUCAAGGCUUUUGGAGCUGGUGCUGAUUAUGUAAUGCUCGGUGGGAUGCUUGCCGGCCACGACCAGAGUGGAGGAGAGACCAUUGAACGGAACGGCAAGAAGUUGAAGUUGUUUUACGGGAUGAGCUCAUCGACCGCCAUGACCAAACACGCCGGUGGUGUGGCAGAGUACAGAGCCAGUGAAGGCAAAACAGUGGAGGUUACAUAUCGAGGUGACGUCAACGGCACAGUCCUGGACAUCCUGGGUGGACUGCGCUCAGCGUGUACCUACGUAGGCGCUGGCAAACUGAAGGAACUAAGCCGACGAACGACCUUCAUUCGUGUCACUCAGCAGACCAACAACAUAUUUGGGAACUCGUCAUAAAGGUGGGAGUAGAGUGCCAGCGGAAGAAAAAGUCCAAUGGGAACAUUGCUUCAGCUACGUUUUGUUCUGCUUGAGGCAAAGCCGCCAAAUCUCCCUGAUUCUGCAAAAAAGUUCCCUGAAAUCAAAACAAUCUUUCAUUGUUCUGAUGAACAAGUUUGAAAAUCUCUGUCAUUGUGGUAAUUGUUUAGCCUUUUUGAGAUGCGCUGAACACUGUAGGAGUGCACUCUUUGGUUUUGGGGCCUACAGAGAAAUUUACCCAAACCAAGCAGUGCCCUGGUAAUCUGUCCACCAUGUCUUUUUAAAAAAGACUCAUUGAAGGGAAGGUACACGUUUGGUAAUUACUCAAAACAAAUCUUAACUUUAAAACUGACUUUGUAACAAGCAUUGGA